UGCUGUUGCCACAGCGGUCGGGAGACAGAAAAAUGGCGGACAUCGAGAAAAUCACUCCUGACUCCUUCCCCUGUCGAGUCAGCUGUUCGCCCAAAACGUUUUUCCAGGGGAAGCUUUUCAUUUUACUUUGCAUACUCAUAGUGGACUCCGGAGGAGCUACAACCCACUGGGUUGUCACGGAGGACGGAAAAAUACAACAGCAAGUUGAUUCGCCUUUGAAUCUCAAACAUCCGCAUGACGUUGUGAUCUUCAUGAGACAAGAGUCUCGGGUUGACUACCUCAAGAAACUGGAGAAGCUGCUCGUGGCACAGAAAAUCCACAUUGAGGAAAAUGAGGACAGAGACACAGGACUGGAACAGCGACACUACAAAGAGGAUGCAGACUGCAUUAUGGCCAAAGUACCUCUUGGUGACCUUGACCUGUAUGAUGGCACUUAUAUCUCCUUAGAGAGUAAAGAUAUUCGCCCCGAAGACUAUGUGGAUUUACUCUCCGCACUGCCUCCAGAUCUAGAAAAGCCAGACUGUGCAAGAGUUUUGGAAUUGCCUUAUAGUAUCCAUGCAUUCCAGCAUCUCAGGGGUGUGCAAGAAAGGGCAAACCUCACCUCCCCGUUACUUUCAAAGGAGGACCCAAUUUAUGGUUCUUUGUCACACAAACUGGGCCACAGUAUAGAUGUGGUGGGCCAUCGCAUCCAUCAAGCAUUACUGAGGAAUACAUCAUCAUGGGUGCUGUACAACAUGGCUUCAUUCUACUGGCGUAUGAAGAACGAGCCUCAAAGGACAAUGGAUUGUGUGGCGCGGGCUCUGCACUUUUCCCCUAGGCAUCACAAGGAUGUCGCCCUGGUUAAUAUGGCCAACAUCCUGCACCGCGCCCAUUUUUCAGCAGAUGCUGCUGUUCUAGCCCACACUGCCUUGGACCUGCCCUCGGACCUGUUUACCAUUCACUACACUUUGGGAAAUAUUUAUGCUAUGCUUGGGGAAUACAACCACUCAGUGUUGUGUUAUGAGCAAGCAUUACAAGCUCAACCAGGUUUUGAGUUGGCCUUAAGGAGGAAGCAUGCCGUGCUCUGCCAGCAAAAGCUUGAGCAGCGCCUCGAAGCCCAGCACAGAUCACUGCAGCGAACCCUGAAUGAGCUCAAGGAAUACCAAAAGCAGCAUGACCACUACCUUCGCCAGCAGGAGGUGCUAGAUAAACACAAGCUGUUGCAGGAAGAGCAGAUCCUGCACAACAUUAUCCAUGAGACCCAAAUGGCCAAAGAAGCCCAACUUGGGAACCAUCAAAUUUGCCGCCUGGGUCAUCAGCACCAAAGCCUCCACUGCUCGUUUGAUCUGCCUGUGCGCUAUCACCGUGGUGACCUGUUUGAACAUGUACAUUUUGUCCAAUUUGGCGAAGAGAUAUCAGUGGCAUCCAGUGUGGCACUUGUGUCUGAUCACAGUUCCAAUCAGUCAACACACAGCCCUCAGCUCCAUCCUUCUGUGUCAGGUGACCAAGAUCCUGUUGCCGCCCUUUGGAGCAGUCAUCAUGAUGACACACAGGAUGUGCAGAAGUUGUUGUGGCCACAGAGGUCAGACUGCAUUCGUGAAUACCCAACUGUCCCACCUGUGCACUUGUUGCCGACAUACCACCUUUUGCCUGAAACCAAAAGUCACAGCCCAGUGGCAACUCUUCUCUAUGGGAGUCUUAGUCCUCCUCAAACUGUGACCCUGCCAGAGUGUGGUUCUCUCUCCCAAGCACAUUCACCUCCCCUGCCUGCUUCACUUGACUGGCUUUUGGAAGACAAGAUGCUUCCAGAUCCCUUUGCCUUCCAGAUUUUGCAGUUCCGAAGUGGUGGUUGGACAUUGGAACAAAUUGGUUCCAGAAUUGCCGAAAUAAUGAAAUUAGACCAAGUAUCCAGCUCGCACAUCUACAAUGAGGCAUCUCUCUUCUGGCGGGCCCAAGGAAACGGCAGUCGUGCCCUUCAGUGCCUGCGGCAAGUGUGGAUCAAAGUCCCUCCCUCGCACCGUCAUUUGCCCCUCACAAAUGCUGCUAAUUUGCUGCUGCAUUAUGGAUUGACCACCCACUCACAAACGCUGGUGGAGCAAGCGCUGGUUUACAAUGCAACUGAGCCCCAUGCACUCUUCAGCCUGAUGAGCUUGCAGUUGGCUCAGGGCAAUGUGACAGGAGCUCUGGCCUUGUUUCGCCACACGCUGACGACAGCCGUUUCCUCCUCCACUUUCUUCUCAUCCUUUGCUGCCUGUGAGCAGUGUCGCACCAGUAUGCCUCUUCUGCGUUGCCUGCAGUUUUAUCCCUUCCUUUACAACCUUUCAAACCACCAAGCCUGCUCACAGGGUUCUGGUUGUGGUGCUAAGGAUGAACUUGCCAUCCAACUGGAGGAGUGGGGUGGUGGAGAAGAAAAACAGGAUACGUCUUCCAUUUCAGCCACCGAGGACUCUUUGCUCUUUGAAAAGGUCGUCUUGGACACAAAUGGGUCUGGCGAGGCUGCAGGAAAACAGCAGCCUGCUCACUCUUCUGCAGGGACGACCCCGUCACUCACAGAUGGAGGAGUUGAAGGUGAGGAGGAGUGGCAGCUGAAGGAAGACCUGAUGGGAGCGUUCGAGGGGGCUUUAGAUGUCGGUGGCAAACGAGGUGACUUGCGGGGAAUCCGGGUGCUCAAGAAUGACCGUGUGAUGGGGCCCCGUAGUGGUGGAGGCCCAUGCUUUGGAAACUGUGAGGAUGACGAAGGUUCAGAAUGGAUCACCUUUCAAGUAAAGAGAGUAAGAAAGGCAAAGGUGGAUGGGAGUGAGAAUGUGGCCAACUCUGAUGAUAGCCAAGGUGGGGAGCCGGUGUCUGAAGGACAUUCUAUUCUGGAGAUUAGCGGACCGACUAUUCCAUCAGCAGGUCCUCCAGGCCGCUGGAGGGACUAUACAAGUCUCGGAUGGCCAGGGCCAGAGGAGUGUCAGCGCACACGAAGGGUUGACCUCACCACUGCAGCAAGCACCUGGCUAGCUGUGUCGGCCAAGAACAUCGACAUCACAGAGCACAUCGAUUUUGCUACCCCACUUCAGGAGCCAGCUGUUGAGCCAUUAUGCAAUGCAAACCUCGCUGCCAGUAUGCACACCCUCGACCACCUGGCAGGCAUGGCUAAUCGAGCCGCCAUCCACUACACAGGAGAGAGCCAACUCAGUGAGGUCCUGCAAAACCUUGGGAGAGAGGAAUUCUCCCCGCAAUCUUUUGAACAGGUGGGGACUCGAAUUGCUAAAGUAUUAGAGAAGAACCAGACAUCAUGGGUAUUAUCCAGUAUGGCUGCACUUUAUUGGAGGGUGAAAGGUCAAGGCAAGAGGGCUAUUGACUGCUUGCGACAGGCCCUCAAUUACGCCCCCUAUCACAUGAAGGAUGUUCCUCUUAUCAGCCUGGCCAACAUCUUCCAGAAUGCUCGUCUAUGGGAGGAUGCUCUUACAGUAGCUCGCAUGGCUGUAGAAAUUACUCCACACUUUGUUGUGAACCACUUCACUCUUGCCAACGUCUACAUUGCUAUGGAGGAGUUUGAAAAAGCAAUGCGCUGGUAUGAGUCCACGUUGAAACUGCAGCCAGAGUUCGCCCCUGCCAAAGACCGACUGAGAACCAUUCAGUGUUACCUGCUCACCAAGAGGGAACGUCGUCAUCCUUAAGCAAAGAAGUUGCCAGAAUCAUGCCCACAGUAGACUAAGAACACACAAACUUAAUUGUUAAAGCACGCAGUUAACUUGUGCAAAAAAAAAAAAAAACAACAACAAUAAUAAUGGAAAAAAUGAGUCUGUUCCCUUUUAUUCAGCCCAUUGAAACUACUACAACAGUCGUUUAAAUCACUCAAACAUCACAAAGCGCAGCUUAUAAUAUUACUUGCAAUUCUGUUCUCCUAACAGUUAAAUGUUUGCAAAUAUGGAAGGGAAGUACAAUCUGACUUAUCUGCCUCGCUGUUGAAGAAGAGGGCUUAACAUCCUUGCAAGAGUUGGCAUUACAAAUAAAAGGGAAAAGCAUGUUAUACUAUUACACAAAUACAGCUGUAACAAAGUGUGUGAAUCAUGUGGCCAGGAGACAGUGUUGUACUUUAAAUUUGUUUUAAUGGUUUGUUUUAAUUGAAAGGGUUAUAAUAUAUUAUGUCCAUGAAGCGAUUGCUGAGAUGGAAUGUGGAAUGUGCUUCACAGCUCAGUACUAGUCACAGUUUUCAAAAAUAUAUUUGCCCUCAUUGUUUCCGUUCAUGAAAUGGAUGGUAAUUUUCGCACUUUUGUCAUCAUUCCUAUUUAUAUGGGACCUAAAAACUGAUUUUGCUCCAAGCUGAUUUCAUGAAAAAGUAGAAAAACUGAAUUAUGCUGCAUUUGCUUUUUUUUAAGGUAAUCAUCAGGCAAAAAAGAAAAUGGAUAUCCUUCUGGCCAUCACAAGUGGAAUCUGUAUCAAAUGUACAGUAUUAAAGGCCGUGUGUGGACUUCAA